AUGUUCCCAAUUUCCAUACAUAACAAAGGAUCUACCAAUCAAAAGGUCAAGAAUUACCUUCGUAAAGAUUUGAAACAAAAUAUUUAUUGCAAUUUCAAUCGCUUGUUGCAGGUCAAUAGAAACAAGCUACCAUUUGCUGCAGCACAGAUAGGACAAGUGUUUCGAAAUGAAAUUUAUCCAAAAAGUGUGUUAAGGGUGAGAGAAUUCACAAGUACCGAAAUUAUAUGCUUUUUCAACCCAAAUAGAGACAUGCAUCCUCGAAUGGAUCAAGUAAAGCAUGUCAUGGUGCCAUUGUUGACACGAGAAAAUCAAACCAUGAGUUUGCCACCUAUGGAUUUUUCCAUUGAAGAUGUAUUGAAUCAACAAUUUGUCAACAGCCCCAUUCAAGCAUAUUAUAUUGCAAAAGUGAAAUUGUUUAUGGAUCUGUGUGGUGUAUUACCUAAUGCCAUUCGAUUUCGGCAACACCUAUCACACGAAAUGUCUUUUUCAACCACGGAUCAUUGGAGCUGUGAAUUGAAAAGCUCUUUGGGAUGGAUUGAGGUUGUUGAUAUUGUUAACAAUUAUUGUUACGAUCUUAAAUGCCAUUCCUCUCAGUCGAGGCAUGUAUUGGUGGCAUUUGAAACAUUCGACCAGCCAUUGACGUCAGAAAAUAUUGUGAUGGAAGUUGAACACGAAAAGCUUGGAAAAAUAUUGAGAAAGAACAAACGUGUGGUUCUUAACUUUCUGGAAACACUGACGAAUAACAAAAAGCUGGAACUUCAACAAGAAUUAGAGAGUAAUGGAAAAUUUUCAAUCUAUAUCCCACAACUCGAUCGACAAGUAGAGCUUUCGAGUGAUUUCAUUUCGUUCCAAAAAAGAAUAACGAAAAUAUAUGGGUACAAAUACGAACCGUGUGCUGUUGAGACGACUUUUCAUAUCGGUCGAUUGAUCUAUAGCCUACUUGAACAGUGUUUCUGGGUACGAAAAGGAAAUUACUUACAUGAAAAGAUGUCACAAAAAUAUGUAUUGUCACUCCCAACAAUAAUUGCUCCCUACAUGGUCGUAUUGAUUUCACAAAUUUCCAAUCGUGCAUCUUCGUUCGAAGGUAUGAGCAAAACUUUAACACAAUUAUUCACAAGAAAUGGUAUUACCUUUCGUGUGGACAAUUCUGCCAAUCAAACCAUUGGUAAGAAAUAUUCACGAGCUGAUGAAAUUGGUGUUCCAUUUGCUGUCACUAUUGACAAUCAAAGCGUCGAGUGCAACACCGUUACAAUUAGGGAGCGUGACUCGUGCGACCAAGUAAGGCUUCCACUUGAUGAGCUUGUUCCUACAUUACUGGAUCUCAUACACGGCAACAAAUCAUGGGAAGAAGUGUCACUCAAAUAA